AGCUAGUGUAAAGGAAGCCAGCACAACAACAUCAUCUCUGUAACCUGGUCGAGAUGGAGGCUUCCUUGGAGGAUAAGGUUUACGAGCUGACAGCGGAGAACACAGCACUAAAGAAACAGAGACACUCACAGGAUGAGAAAAUGAAACGUCUAGCUACUAAAAUACUCAGAUUGAAAUCAGACAUGAAGAAAUUGCAAGUUGGAAAGCCUACCAAGUACACAAAUGAUGUGGAAGUGGUGGAAGAUUUAAAGAUGAAGGUAUCCCAGCUAGAGGGGGAGAUAUCUAAUCUAAAACAGAAACUUUUACUGGCUAAAAACCUUACUCCUGACCAGAACAAAAGCAAAUCUCAAAAGGGAUACAGCUUUGUGGAACCAAGAAUAGACACUGGACUACCCUAUAAACAAGGUGGAGUAGUAACGCCGGGGAGGAAGACUCCUGCUAGACAGCAGAAACCACCCCAGUUCCCUCAAUAUGGACAGAGUGUGUUAAAUAACGCCAAAAUGGAGAUAGAACAGUUGGAUGAGAUAGUGGACCAGCUCAAAUACCAACUGCAGGUGGUGGAGGAUGAGAAGCAGGAUCUUCUCAACAGACAACAAGAUUUAGAGCUGGGCUACGAGAACAAGCUUCUCGCGCUGAGAGAACAGCUUCUACAGCAUCAAAGAACGGGCAUUUCUGAGGAUAUCGAUAUUAUCAACUUACAACGUAAGAUAAAAGACUAUGAAGACCAACUGGGGGACGGCGACACUAAAGUUCUGAAAAUACGUAACGAGCUGAGCACGUCUAAAAGAGAACGCGACCGCGCGGAGGAGGAGGUGUCCGAACUGCGGGGACAAAUUGAGAAACUUAAUGCUCAGCUGAGAGCUACUCAUAACCGAGCUGAAAACUCCUUGUUGCAGAGUAAUCAGGCUAAUGAGAUGAGUGUGGCGCUGGAGGAGGUAGAGAGGGAGAGGGAGAUACUGAAGCAGGAAAACAGCCGGCUGAUUGAGGAUGUGUUUGAUAUUGAGAAGGAGAAGAACUAUAAGCAGAAUGAAAGAAAACUACGGGACAGAGUGAAACAGUUAGAACAUAGACUAGAGAGGUUGCAGUCAACCACUCAGGACGCAGUACCAGAACAUGAUGAGGUAUUCGACAAGUUCCUGACUGAGCGAGACAAAGCAUCUGAGUUAGAACACAGAGUUAACAAACUUGAGAUGACUAACCGAGAGUUGGAGAUGCAACUGGACAGAACUAGGGAACUACUUGAGGAGGAAGAGAAAAUAAGAAUACGGGAAAGAGAGGAGCGUAUAGCUGAAGACCAGGAGUCUGUUACCAGAGAUACAGUUACCAGAGAUACAGUUACCAGAGAUACAGUUACCAAUGUGGUUACCAGGGAGAUUCCAGUUCAAUCGAGUAAAGCACUGCAGUUGGAUGUGGAGAGUCUAGUUGGGGAGGACCCGGCCAGUGAGCUAAGAGAACUGCAAAGUGAGCAUGCUAACUUGGUUAUGGAGCUGGAGAAAACUAACAUGCUCCUGGAUAUUCAGUACAAACUUAAGCAGGACUACCAGGAUGAGGUUACUGGUCUAACAGGAAAGUACGAGCGUGUGAGGAGAGAGUUCGCAAGACGGGAAGAUGAAACAGCCAAACUGCUGGACAUAAGGAACCACACGAUAAACAAACUGGAGCUGCAGUUGAGAGACAUUGCGUAUGGAACUAAAAUGGUGAAGAUAGAACCCACAAGUGAUAGUGAUAGUCCUGCAGAUUAUAAUAUUAAUUUAGAGCGGGGCCAGAAUGUGAUGGAGAUACACAUUGGUAAACUCUACCUCUCACAAGAGCAUCUACUGAAUCCUGAUGAGAAGUUAUUUGUGGUUCUCAACUUCUACCAUUUUGAGACGGUCAUUAGUAAGGUUGUUGGGGGUUUGCAGCCUGAUUUCAAUACAACUAGUCAGAAUAUCGUUAAUGUUGACGAUUUCUUCCUGAAGAGUUUGCAAAGUGAGAGCGCCGGAGUGUAUCUGUACAGUUGUAAUGGCGUUGAAUUCAGGUGUAUUGGAGCUUGUCAGCUGUUUUUCAAAGAGAUUAUAAACCAGCCCUCCAAUUCAAGAGUUCACGGCUCACUUCAGAUAUUAGGUACAAGUGGUGAAAUAAACGGAGUUGUGUUCGCUAACCUGGAGUACUAUACUCGACUCAAGUUCCCGAUAACACACUCACUUACCUUGUUCAAAGAGAGAAUGAAGGCUAAUACUUACCUUAACAACAACAACCAACCAGAUGCAGCAAGUGAUGGUGUGGCACGUGACAAUUACAACGAACUGAAGAUAACCGUACUGAACUGUUCACAACUCAAAUCAUCUUCUAAUUCUCAACCUUCACCGUAUGUAAUGUACAAGUUCUACACGUUCGAGGACCACGACACAGCUAUAAUAGACAGCACUAAUAGUCCCCAGUACAACGACACUAUGAGUUACCCUGUCUCUACUGAUGGACAUCUGCACAGGUACCUAACCCAGGGAGUUUGCCACAUCUAUGUGUUUGAUGACUCUGAGCAGCCAGAUAGCCUGUUAGGAGUGGUAGAAGUGCCCCUCCUGCCCCUAGCUCACGGUAACAAUAUCUCCGGUGUGUUUGAGAUCUCCAACAAGACUCUUGGAGGUGGGGUGGUUGGGGUUAUGUCCCUGAAGUUGGAGUGGCAGAUGAGCUAUCUGCCUCCCUCGGCUCAGCCUGAUAUUCUUACUCCUGAUCAGACUGACAGACGAUACGCAGCCUGUGACUUGGACACUGAACCGCAGUCACUGCUCCCAGAACACUACGAGCAGAUUUCACGUGAACAAGAUGAGAAAAGGAGAGCAGAAGAGAGGAGAAGGGAAGACGAGGAGGAGAGGAGGAGAGAGGCAGCACAAAGGAGAGAAGAGGAAGAGCAGAGGAGGGCUAAAGAAGAGGGUGUAAAAGAAGAGGAAUUGAUAAAGGAGCAGAGUAAACCAGCUCUUCAACAUGUGACGUUCAAGAUAGAAGAAGCAGAGUUAAGGGAGGAACAAGAGGUAACAACAGUUGAGGCUCCCCAAACUGAGUUCUUAUCCUUCAGAAGUGUGGAGGAGUAUGAGAGGGCUGUCAAGAAAACUAAAGAGAUAUCGCAGGAAUCUUCUGGAAGCACCAUCUCGGAAAUAUCCUCGGUGGAUGAACCGCCCAAAACUCUGGUUACACAGGGUGACCACAUUGUGCAAGCCAUCAUUAGCGAUGAAAUUAGCGAGGAAAUUAGCGAUGAGAUUAGUGAGGAGAUGGAAGAAUUAGCUGGACUGGCUAGUUCUUCUGAUAAUGACCAAGAAACAUCUCAGAAAGCCGCAGCCGACGCCCAGAGCGCUCAAGAAAAAGAAGAAUCCUCAGCUCCUGGAGAAAACUCACAAGUGUCGAGACUCAAAAAGUUACAACAGAGUGUACUAGACGACAGUAGUGACGAAGAUGAUAUUGUUCUGGGCACGUUUGAAGUGAGAUCCACAACUCCAGUCCCUUCCCCUCGACCUCCCAGCUACAUGGACCUCUCUGACGACGAACCUGACAUCGUUGAAACAGAGUUGGAGCCCACUUCUGCAGCUCAGCUGAACCAGGCCACUCCUUUUGAUACCACAUUCUUCGAGGAGGAGCCAUCGGAGGAGGACUCACUUGAAAUAGGUAACUCAGCAAAUAACGCGGGACUAGACGAGGACGAGACGUUGGAACAGGUAACAGAGCGGAUGAUGUCCAGUGAUGACGACGAGAUGGUGGUGAUGACGACACGUGACUUUACAGCUACACGUGACUUUACUGCUACACGUGACAUGUCAAUGUCCAGGACUGCUGACUCGCUUGAUCUCGGAGAGACAGUCUCCUCUACUCCUGACCCUACUCCCCGCCCUCCUCCCCUCGUCGUCAUUAUUCACUAUCUCUCCUUCAGACCUGACGCAUUCUUUGUUGUGGAGGCAGAAAUCGGGCAGGUAUUUGUAGAAUACAAGCUACUAAAUGUGGACCCAGCAGACACAGAAACGCCCGGAUCAGUAAAAGUUACACCGGACACAAAACUGAACUUUAACUUCAGGAAAACAUUUUACAUCGAGAAGGAAACAGAGGAUUGGCGUAUGCUCAAAGAUAUUGUCAACAACUCUGCCGAGAAAAAGAUCACAUUCACAGUGGUAUCAGACCCUGGUGAUGAUACAGAUGCUGAGUGCAAUAACCUGUGUAGGGCUACUGUGGAUUUACCCGUGUUGGAAGAUAUCACAGAAGAGGAGUUACCGCUCUUCGGGGCGAGGGAUGGUAAUCAGGUGGGGGUCCUCUGUGUUACCAUAGAAACAAUGAGCGCUAUCAGGGCACUUACCUGACACAAACGAUGAAAUCUUCUGUCAAAUAUUCAGCUUAGUGUUGGAUUUAUUUGAUUUUAUGGCUGUUUUUGUUAUGCAGCUAAUUUAUUAUGACGGUGGUCCUACCACUGGUAAUAUCACUGGUAGACUCGAUGACUGAUUUUGACUUUUUCUACUUUUUCCUUAACAGUUAACAGUUUAUGUUCAUAUUUGUUUGAUGUAAGUUUAUUAUUUAAAUUUAUGCUGA